CGGAGACAGUGGGGCGCAGACGGACAAACAUACAGCUGCCGAUUUGGAGUUUUUACCAGUAAAGUAGACAUCUGAAUGCUGCAUAUACACGGACAACACUGCCAAAAUGCUCAUUAAAGAAUUGUAAGUAAAAAUGUUUGGAAAGAUAUGCUGUUUAGUUAACUUGUUACGCAGGAGAACGAUGGAUUCGUUGUCAUACACAGGCAAACAUUGGCAAAAUGUAUUGCGUGACAAUUCUCUUCUAUUCGUUUAUAGUAUUUUUUUUCUGUUAGUCUAGUAUAGUCUACUUACCAUUUGGGAAUUCGAAAAACACCUGUGCAAGUUGGUAUUAUCUGUGUUUUAUCAUUGCGUAAAAUGUAAAGUUUGUCAGUGGAGAGGCUAUUGACUGUGUCCUCACUGUAUGGACUGUAUGGAUGGACUCAUUGAAUGAAUUCAUCAAGUAAAAUAAUCAUUAACAUUGGCCAAAAUGGAAAUGUAUUGUCAGUCAAAAUUAUUUAAUUAUCUUAACUGACAAAGUGCCACUGUAACAUUGUAACCAUAACUUGAAUUCUAAUCAUCCCAUGCAUCAUCAGGCCUACUAAAACACAUAAAAGGGCGUGCCUUUAUCUAAAACUAAUCCAAAGUAUAAACUUGCAUGACAUGUCAUCUAACUCAUUGGUUACUAGAGCCAACAACUGCCAUUUCAACAUGACAGCCAGAUGCCCCAAACCUGCCUGUAUCAAUACUGUAUAGUUAGUACGGUGCCUGUCUGGGCUCCCAUUACACCUUGAUCUGUUAUACUGAAAUAUUCAGGGGUGCAUAGACUGGGAACAGGUGGUGAUUAUUGCCUAUUGUAGACUGACAGAGAACAUGGCCAAACCUAAUUGUUUUCUGACAAUAGACAUCUACACCGGGCUUCAAUUUCUUCCAUGACAAUAUUACAGCUAGCAUCAGUAGCACGUUCAGGCUUGCAAUGUUCAUAGUUGGUAGGUAGAGCUGGGUAGGUAUUGGCUACUUAUCGUAAUGAACGAAAUAAGCAAAAUGCCUGCGGUAAGUGAUCGGUAUCGAUAAUUUAGGCUAAACGUGUUUUGAUUAGCCUACUCUUAGCAGUUGCUAUCAGAGAAUUGUCAGUCAAACUAAUAAAUCGAGUGACAAAUUAGAUGAGCAAUAACAUUAGUCAUGAGCUGCAGGUGUACAGUGGGGAGAACAAGUAUUUGAUACACUGCCGAUUUUGCAGGUUUUCUUACUUACAAAGCAUGUAGAGGUCUGUAAUUUGUAUCAUAGGUACACUUCAACUGUGAGAGACGGAAUCUGAAACAAAACUCCAGAAAAUCACAUUGUAUGAUUUUUAAGUAAUUAAUUUGCAUUUUAUUGCAUGACAUAAGUAUUUGAUACAUCAGAAAAGCAGAACUUAAUAUUUGGUACAGAAACCUUUGUUUGCAAUUAGAGAUCAUACGUUUCCUGUAGGUCUUGACCAGGUUUGCACACACUGCAGCAGGGAUUUUGGCCCACACCUCCAUACAGACCUUCUCCAGAUCCUUCAGGUUUCGGGGCUGUCGCUGGGCAAUACGGACUUUCAGCUCCCUCCAAAGAUUUUCUAUUGGGUUCAGGUCUGGAGACUGGCUAGGCCACUCCAGGACCUUGAGAUGCUUCUUACGGAGCCACUCCUUAGUUGCCCUGGCUGUGUGUUUCGGGUCGUUGUCAUGCUGGAAGACCCAGCCACGACCCAUCUUCAAUGCUCUUACUGAGGGAAGGAGGUUGUUGGCCAAGAUCUCGCGAUACAUGGCCCCAUCCAUCCUCCCCUCAAUACGGCGCAGUCGUCCUGUCCCCUUUGCAGAAAAGCAUCCCCAAAGAAUGAUGUUUCCACCUCCAUGCUUCACGGUUGGGAUGGUGUUCUUGGGGUUGUACUCAUCCUUCUUCUUCCUCCAAACACGGCGAGUGAAGUUUAGACCAAAAAGCUAUAUUUUUGUCUCAUCAGACCACAUUACCUUCUCCCAUUCCUCCUCUGGAUCAUCCAGAUGGUCAUUGGCAAACUUCAGACGGGCCUGGACAUGCGCUGGCUUGAGCAGGGGGACCUUGCGUGUGCUGCAGGAUUUUAAUCCAUGACGGCGUAGUGUGUUACUAAUGGUUUUCUUUGAUACUGUGGUCCCAGCUCUCUUCAGGUCAUUGACCAGGUCCUGCCGUGUAGUUCUGGGCUGAUCCCUCACCUUCCUCAUGAUCGUUGAUGCCCCACGAGGUGAGAUCUUGCGUGGAGCCCCAGACCGAGGGUGACCGUCAUCUUGAACUUCUUCAAUUUUCUAAUUAUUGCGCCAACAGUUGUUGCCUUCUCACCAAGCUGCUUGCCUAUUGUCCUGUAGCCCAUCCCAGCCUUGUGCAGGUCUACAAUUUUAUCCCUGAUGUCCUUACACAGCUCUCUGGUCUUGGCCAUUGUGGAGAGGUUGGAGUCUGUUUGAUUGAGUGUGUGGACAGGUGUCUUUUAUACAGGUAACGAGUUCAAACAUGUGCAGUUAAUACAGGUAAUGAGUGGAGAAAAAAAAACUAACAGGUCUGUGAGAGCCGGAAUUCUUACUGGUUGGUAGGUGAUCAAAUACUUAUGUCAUGCAAUAAAAUGCUAAUUAAUUACUUAAAAAUAAUACAAUGUGAUUUUCUGGAUUUUUGUUUUAGAUUACAUCUCUCACAGUUGAAGUGUACCUAUGAUAAAAAUUACAGACCUCUACAUGCUUUGUGAGUAGGAAAAUCUGCAAAAUCGGCGGUGUAUCAAAUACUUGUUCUCCUCACUGUAGUUGGUGUUUAAAUGUGUUGUAAUUUGAUGUUGCUCUCUCUCUCUCUCUCUUCUAGUCGAGUCAUCCUCCCCAUAUCUGUGGAAGAAGUAAGUAGUGACUGAGUCAUUUCUAUGUGUUUUAAACUCUUGCUUCAUGUCACAAAUCAAGCUGAUUAAGCUACAUUCUCGUUUUCUGAUGCAACGGUUCAAAUUGAGCUCAACCAUUACCUAGCCCCAUGAACGUGCCGUAGACACCAGCGGAACAUUCAUGGGGCUAACCCAUUACCUAGCAUGCCUAUGCUCUUGAGGAAUCAGGGCAGUCUGUAUGUCAAGCAGUUAGUCUCCAUUGUGUUCCUCUAACCUUGAAGUUCCUGUUUGUACACACCUUUUUAUGAUAGCGUGUGGUGUGUGUGUGCGCAGGCGGUUGGCAUGGUUUUCAUUAUGUUCACAUUUGCAGCAUAUUAGUUGCAGUGGUUAGCCAGCUACAUACAGUCAGGUCAGACAUUGUCAGAAAGUAUUAGCCAUGUUAAUUAAAAAAGAGCACCUUAUUCCGACUGAAGCUUUGCAGUUUAAGUCAUUAGUUGUGGGUCGUUCCAUGUCAUUUCAGCAAGCCAUGACACCCAUCUCAGAUUGUUCUGAAAUCAUUUCUGUAAUUAGAAACAGAUAAGAUUAGCAUUCCUGCAACAUUAUUUUGUUGAAAUAUAAUUUGAUCUCUGAGAAAUGUAGCUAAUUGAUUGCACCCAAAUUGGCCAAUUUAAUUUAUAGGAUUCAAGAAAUGGUCAACAGCCACCCACAGAUCCCCCAAACCAAUCCCAACCCAGUAUCCGUUCUCAAUGUCUGACAAGUAGUAUGGAGCUGCGGCUCUGAGUAUUGUUUCUUCAUCCUAUGUAAUGUAUUCUCAGUGAAUUUGGUGAUAUUUUUUCCCCCUGUUCAGAGAAAUUAGUAAUUUAAGUUGUUAGGUUUAUGUCCCAUCCUACAUCCUGAUAUUACCAAGUUCUGACCACUAGAUGGUGCUGUGCCUGCUAUUAGGUGAAAAAAGUUUGAAGAACUUGUUAAAGAGAGAGUUCACCCAAAUUACAAAAUGGCAUGGGUUUCCUUACCCUGUAACCAGUUUAUUGACAAGGUAUGACAGCAAGGAAUGCUAAUCUUUAGUGCUGAGCAAUUAACCAAAAUGUUGGUUAUUUUUUGUUUUUUAAACAACUAAUUGACUGACGUCGGUUCAAUUAUUUGAAUUCCAUUUCAUUCUGUUUUUUUCCCUGUGAGCUCAAUGCACACAUUGCGCUGCAGUUUCUCUAGAGAUAAAUCAGAUCAUGCCCGAACUGUGCAAUGUAAUAGGGAGUUGUAGUUUCCAAAGGCCAAUGUUCUACAGAAAACGUGGUAAUUAACUACAAUGACCAUAAUCCAUUGCACGGCUACUUACUGUUUAUUUUACGACAGAAGAAUGUGCAAUCGAGGGGAUACAUGGAGAGCAGUUUCAUCGCGAGGUAUCUCUACCUGAAAAUACAUGAUAUAAGUGGUUGAUAGUUGGUAUUCAGCAGUCAUAAAAGUAUGCCUUAUUUACUUUGAAGAACUACUAAAAUAGUGAUUUUGUCAUGAGAUGAUAUGUUGGAAUGAAAUAAUAAAGUAAUCAAAUAAAACAAAUGUAAUAUACACAACUGAAAUAAUUUAUUAAAGUAAUGUGAAUAACUGAUGGUUAAUAAGUGAUAAGCAGUCAUGGGCAGUUGUAAAUGAGAACUUGUUCUCAACUGGCUUACCUGGUUAAAUAAAGGUGAAAUAAAAAAAUAGUUUUAUUCUGUGUUACAGCAUUCAACACUGGAGAGUGCAUAAAAAAUAAAAAAAAUAUCGAAGCAGAAAUCGAAAAUCAUGAUUUUUUGUAGAAUCUAAACGAAACCGAACUGACCUCAAAGAGCACUAAUUGCUCAGCACUACUAAUCUUAUCUGUUUCUAGCAACACAAACGAUUUCAGAACAAUCUGAGAUGGUGGGUGUCGACAUCCUAUUUCUUGUGCUUUUUGAGGUGGAAUGACCCUUGUAUGUUCCGACCAGAUUUCAUUUCAUCAGACAUAAUCUUGCAUUCCAUCUUGGCAACCAAAUUUAUCAGCAACAGUGCUGGUUCCUCCGUUCUCUCUCCUUCCUUCUCAGUCUCCCUCUCUUUCUCCAUUUGUUCGCAGAGUUAUAGUCACCAGCAUCAUCCCCCCCCCCCCCCCCUCUCUCUUUUUUAAAAAGCUGACUUUAAUCCGUCUCAAUUGUUUUCCCCCAAAUAAGAUCACGUAUCAAGGAUCAUAACCCUAUAUUCCAUUCAUAACCUUACAUAAGGGUGAUUCCUCAUGAAAUUAGAACAAACCAUGUUUUGGGGGAUUUUCACAAUUUUAUCCAUAGAAGGGUCCUUUUGGAGGAAGGAUUGUUGACAUUUAUAUCUUAUUGCAUAAUUAAUUGUUGGAAGAUUUGUGACCAAGGCCUCCUUUAAUUCUCCAUAAUGUUUCAUCUACAAAACAAAAGUUGGUGUCAUAUGAAGCUUUACCGCUUGCUCUUUAUUAUGAGUAGUACUUUUAUUUAAAUAUCACAUUUCUUAUAUAAAUGUAUGAAUAUAGAAAAAUAUAAACAUGAAUAUUGAAAAUAUACCAUUUAGGAUUUGGCAAAUGUUUCUAUAUAUUGUUUAACAUAAUAUACUAUACAUGCAUAUCAAAGUUCCAGAGUGGGAUCUCUGCUACUUUUACUUACAGUAUAAAAAUGGAUUCAAAAUGGUUGCCCUAUGCUAGUGAUUUGCAGGAUGUGCAAUGAUAUAAGUAAAAGGAGGGCUUGGAUUGGUUAAAUUGCCUACUAUGCCAAUUUCUCUGUAUGAAGUGGGCCAUAACUUUAAAACUUCCUCAGCCAGCCUUCGUCGGCCAGCCUAAGGAAGAUAGCAAGAUGAGUCACACACACUUAGGGAGAUGAUAGGUGAAACACUGGUUUUACACAUGUUGUCACAUUCCUAAUCACCCACUCGCACAUGAGAUGGAGCCACCAAAAUACCUAUUUGGUAGAGGAUGUGAUUUUACCCCCUCUUCCUCCAAACAGAGCUGUUUCACCUGUUAAAAGCAUCUAAUUUUGGGAUGACGUAUCAAAUCAGCCCGGUACGAACUAACAACCAUACACACUGCACUUAAAACGGCACCACUGGCGCACUAAUGCCCUGUAAUUGGAGGGCUAAUCUGUGAUUUUAAAUGUCAAUUGGUUGUUGGUUGCUGAGUAGUGUCUGUGCAGCAAGCGAGUCACCAGUUCCCUGUGAGUCAUUAGCUCCCUUACACACAUUGGGCGUGUUCCAGGACAACUUUAUUGCAGUCACGCUGCACACAGCAACCAAUGGUUGCGUGUCACAUCAUCGACUGCUGCUGGGUGGCUCAAGGCCUGUGCUGGCUGGGUGCUGGUGGAUGGACGGUGUGCUGCCUAGGCUGGGACAGCAGAGUUGGAGACAGUAAUCCACCUGUCUAAGGACUUUGACAGAGCUCUACACCCUCACAUCACUGGCGAGCAGCCAACGAGGGAAUUGUUGGCAGUGAGACUGCCAGAGAAAAAGAAAAACAAAUGCCAAAGAGGGCUAUUACAGUACGUUCCUUAUGCUUGCUGACAGUCCUGUUAACCUGUUAAGCUGAAGUCAGUGUCUGUCUGGGCUAAAUGCACAAGGAACGCCCAGUGGUGGAAACAGAAAACUGUCCCUGUCCAGGUGAUCUGAGGAGUGCAUGGUCAGGGAUUUGUAUGUGGGGAACUGAGUUAAUACAAUCCCCCUUGUUCAUGAAUUAAUUUCCCCCACAUUUGUGCCCACUGAAGUGGUUGCAGCUGUCUGUUAAUGCAACUGGUGAACAAUGGGUAACUGUAGCUCACUCCUGUCUUCCUCUUCACAGUACCAAGUGGGGCAGCUGUACUCUGUGGCUGAGACCAGUAAGAAUGAGACGGGUGGAGGAGAAGGGGUGGAGGUGCUAAAGAAUGAACCCUAUGAGAAGGAUGGAGAGAAGGGCCAGUACACCCACAAGAUAUAUCACCUGCACAGGUACGAUUGGUCCAUCCAUCUAUUUAUCCAUCCAUCUACCCAGUUACUCCCAUCCAUCCACCCACCCACCCACACCACCCACUCACCCAAUGGUACAGUAGAUACCCAUUGAUUCUUGAAGAAUGUAACUCAUAAAUCCGUCAUGAGCUUAGUUCAACUGUCAUACCCCAACAGAACCCAAAAUAUAAGCUUGUUUUAGUCCAUUGUUUGUAAACAAUAUAAUUUUAAACAAAUACUGUAUAGCCUCAAAACAUGGUUAAAACUAUAAUGGUCAGUCCUUGCAUCCAUAGUUACAGUGGGGAGAACAAGUAUUUGAUACACUGCCGAUUUUGCAGGUUUUCCUACUUACAAAGCAUGUAGAGGUCUGUCAUUUUUAUCAUAGGUACACUUCAACUGUGAGAGACGGAAUCUAAAACAAAACUCCAGAAAAUCACAUUGUAUGAUUUUUUUAGUAAUUAAUUUGCAUUUUAUUGCAUGACAUAAGUAUUUGAUACAUCAGAAAAGCAGAACUUAAUAUUUGGUACAGAAACCUUUGUUUGCAAUUACAGAGAUCAUACGUUUCCUGUAGGUCUUGACCAGGUUUGCACACACUGCAGCAGGGAUUUUGGCCCACUCCUCCAUACAGACCUUCUCCAGAUCCUUCAGGUUUCGGGGCUGUCGCUGGGCAAUACGGACUUUCAGCUCCCUCCAAAGAUGUUCUAUUGGGUUCAGGUCUGGAGACUGGCUAGGCCACUCCAGGACCUUGAGAUGCUUCUUACGGAGCCACUCCUUAGUUGCCCUGGCUGUGUGUUUUGGGUUGUUGUCAUGCUGGAAGACCCAGCCACGACCCAUCUUCAAUGCUCUUACUGAGGGAAGGAGGUUGUUGGCCAAGAUCUCGCAAUACAUGGCCCCAUCCAUCCUCCCCUCAAUACGGUGCAGUCGUCCUGUCCCCUUUGCAGAAAAGCAUCCCCAAAGAAUGAUGUUUCCACCUCCAUGCUUCACGGUUGGGAUGGUGUUCUUGGGGUUGUACUCAUCCUUCUUCUUCCUUCAAACACGGCGAGUGGAGUUUAGACCAAAAAGCUCUAUUUUUGUCUCAUCAGACCACAUGACCUUCUCCCAUUCCUCCUCUGGAUCAUCCAGAUGGUCAUUGGCAAACUUCAGACGGGCCUGGACAUGCGCUGGCUUGAGCAGGGGGACCUUGCGUGCGCUGCAGGAUUUUAAUCCAUGACUGCGUAGUGUGUUAUUAAUGGUUUUCUUUGAGACUGUGGUCCCAGCUCUCUUCAGGUCAUUGACCAGGUCCUGCCAUGUAGUUCUGGGCUGAUCCCUCACCUUCCUCAUGAUCAUUGAUGCCCCACGAGGUGAGAUCUUGCAUGGAGCCCCAGACCGAGGGUGAUUGACCGUCAUCUUGAACUUCUAACAUUUUCUAAUAAUUGCGCCAACAGUUGUUGCCUUCUCACCAAGCUGCUUGCCUAUUGUCCUGUAGCCCAUCCCAGCCUUGUGCAGGUCUACAAUCUUGUCCCUGAUGUCCUUACACAGCUCUCUGGUCUUGGCCAUUGUGGAGCGGUUGGAGUCUGUUUGAUUGAGUAUGUGGACAGGUGUCUUUUAUACAGGUAACGAGUUCAAACAGGUGCAGUUAAUACAGGUAAUGAGUGGAGAACAGGAGGGCUUCUUAAAGAAAAACUAACAGGUCUGUGAGAGCCGGAAUUCUUACUGGUUGGUAGGUGAUCAAAUACUUAUGUCAUGCAAUAAAAUGCAAAUUAAUUACUUAAAAAUCAUACAAUGUGAUUUUCUGGAUUUUUGUUUUAGAUUCCGUCUCUCACGGUUGAAGUGUACCUAUGAUAAAAAUGACAGACCUCUACAUGCUUUGUAAGUAGGAAAACCUGCAAAAUUGGCAGUGUAUCAAAUACUCCCCACUGUAUGUCUAUGAAUUUGAGAGUGGUUACAUUUCUCCAGCCGCAUCCCUCAGCUGUUUCCCAACAAAUUGGUGGGGUGUUCAUUUCGUUAUUAUUUGAAUUGCAGAUCUUUAAAAAAUGAAGAAAUUAUAAAAUAGUUUCACAACCUUGUUUGUAAGCUUUCAAAUUAUACUGAACAAAAAUAUAAAUGCAACAAUUUCAAAGAUUUUACUGAGUUACAGUUCAUAUAAGGAAAUCAGUCAAUUGAAAUAAAUUCAUUAGGCCCUAAUCUAUGGAUUUCACAUGACUGGGCAGGGGUGCAGCCAUGGGUGGGCAUGGGAGGGCAUAGGCUCACCCACUUGGCAGCCAGGCCCCCCCCCCCCCCCCCCCAGACGAUCCCACAGGUGAAGAAGCCGGAUGUGGAGGUCCUGGGCUGGCGUAGUUACAUGUGGUCUGGGGUUGUGAGGUCAGUUGAACGUACUGCCAAAUUCUCUAAAACUUUGUUGGAGACAGCUUAUGGUAGAGAAAUGAACAUUCAAUUCGCUGGCAACAGCUCUGGUGGACAUUCCUACAGUCAGCGUGCCAAUUGCACGCUCCCUCAAAACUUGAGACAUCUGUGGCAUUGUGUUGUGUGACAAAACUGCACAUUUUAGAGUGGCCUUUUAUUGUCCCCAGCACAAGGUGCACCUGUGUAAUGAUCAUGGUGUUUAAUCAGCUUCUUGAUAUGCCACACCUGUCAGGUGGAUGGAUUAUCUUGGCAAAGGAGAAAUGCUCACUAACAGGGAUAUAAACAAAUUUGUGCACAAUUUGAGAGAAAUACGAUUUCUGUGCGUGUGGAACAUUUCUGGGAUUUUUUUAUUUCAGCUCAUUAAACAUGGGACCAACACUUUACAUUGCGUUUAUAUUUUUGUUCAGUGUAUAUCAAAUUCAACCGUUUAUCUUUUUCAGUGAUGAAGAUACGGAUCUCUCAUGGUAUGGCGGGCUAUACAAAUAGGGUGAACUUUGAGCACCUCUAUCUCCUGAAUGUUUUGGCAUUUAGGGCCGAAAAGUCACUCUCUCACUACUUCUACCGUGGGCAAACGUGUGGAAAGUUUUGUUAAAUUGGGUGCGGUGGGUGUGGUCAAAGGGAUGUGGUCAAAAAGGGAUUGAAUUCAUAUGGAUCAACCUUAUGAUAAUAACUGUCUUACUUUCUCUCUGCAGUAAAGUGCCAAACUAUGUGCGCAUUCUGGCACCAUCAACUGCUCUUAACAUCCACGAGAAGGCCUGGAAUGCUUACCCCUACUGUCGGACCGGUAAGUCCCUUGCUCUUUGUUACCUACCCCUUCUGUAGAGAAAGAAGAUGUUGAAUAAUUAACUUGUGCAUACAUGCUAGCAGCCAGCACUGUGAGGACAUGCUAUUGGAAUCUAUGUCAUGUCUGGACCAAUAGCCAGACAUUGGGUAUUAAUAGUGUAUAAAGACACUUCUCAGUUCAGUUGGCAAGGAGUUAGCCAAUUUCAAACAAAUGUGAAACUAUUGAGAUAUUGUUUUGAAAACGUCUGUUCCCCUAAACAUUGUUUACUGUCUGUCUCCUCAUGUCUCUUCACCUGUUGCAGUUCUUACAGUAAGUACUGUUUUCUUCUAUACAUUUACAGUAUGUUACUGUUUACUUGCACACUAUUCAGCUGGUGAAAGAGGAGCUGGUAACCUUGCCUGUCAAAAGGAAAGGAGAGAAGCGCAGAGAAAGACCGACACUCGUUUCGCCAGGGUGAACGUGUGCAUAUGUGCCUCUUUCAGUUGUUAUUACCAGUACCACUGCUCUUAGCUGAUGUAUCCCUCAAGAUGUAAUCACUUACAGUCCAUAUAUUAGUGUCAGUUUCAGACCUGGGUUCAAAUACUAUUUGAAAUCUUUCCAAUACUUUGAACGUUUGCUCUAGCCUACCUAGACUGCCAGAUCAAAUCAAAUCAAAUGUUAUUUGUCACAUGCGCCGAAUACAACAGGUGUAGACCUUACCGUGAAAUGCUUACUUACAAGCCCUUAACCAACAAUGCAGUUCAAGAAAGAGUUCAAAAAUACAGUUACACAAUAAAAUAACGAGGCUAUAUACAGGGGGUACCGGUACCGAGUCAAUGUGCGGGGGUACAGGUUAGUCGUGGUAACUUGUACAUGUAGGUAGGGGUAAAGUGACUAUGCAUAGAUAAUAAACAGCGAGUAGCAGCAGCGUAAAAUCAAAGGGACGGGGGAGGUGGCAAUGUAAAUAGUCCGGGUGGUCAUUUGAAUAAUUGUUCAGCAGUCUUAUGGCUUGGGGGUAGAAGCUGUUAAGGAUCCUUUUGGUUCUAGACUUGGUGCUCUGGUACCGCUUGCCGUGCGGUAGCAGAGAGAACAGUCUAUGACUUGGGUGACUGGAGUCUUUGACAAUUUUUUGGGCCUUCCUCUGACACCGCCUAGUAUAUACAGUAUCUCACAAAAGUGAGUACACCCCUCACAUCUUUUCAUGUGACAACACAAUAAAUUACACUUUGCUACAAUGUAAAGUAGUGAGUGUACAGCUUGUAUAACAGUGUAAAUUUGCUGUCCCCUCAAAAUAACACAACACACAGCCAUUCAUGUCUAAACCGCUGGCAACAAAAGUGAGUAUACCCCUAAGUGAAAAUGUCCAAAUUGGGCCCAAAGUGUCAAUAUUUUGUGUGGCCACCAUCAUUUUCCAGCACUGCCUUAACCCUCUUGGGCAUGGAGUUCACCAGAGCUUCACAGCCACUGGAGUCCUCUUCCACUCCUCCAUGACUACAUCACGGAGCUGGUGGAUGUUAGAGACCUUGCACUCCUCCACCUUCCGUUUGAGGAUGCCCCACAGAUGCUCAAUAGGGUUUAGGUCUGGAGACAUGCUUGGCCAGUCCUUCACCUUUACCCUCAGCUUCUUUAGCAAGGCAAUGGUCAUCUUGGAGGUGUGUUUGGGGUCGUUAUCAUGUUGGAAUACUGCCCUGCGGCCCAGUCUCCGAAGGGAGGGGAUCAUGCUCUGCUUCAGUAUGUCACAGUACAUGUUGGCAUUCAUGGUUCCCUCAAUGAACUGUAGCUCCCCAGUUCCAGCAGCACUCAUGCAGCCCCAGACCAUGACACUCCCACCACCAUGCUUGACUAUAGGCAAGACACACUUGUCUUUGUACUCCUCACCUGGUUGCCGCCACACACGCUUGACACCAUCUGAACCAAAUAAGUUUAUCUUGGUCUCAUCAGACCACAGGACAUGGUUCCAGUAAUCCAUGUCCUUAGUCUGCUUGUCUUCAGCAAACUGUUUGCGGGCUUUCUUGUGCAUCAUCUUUAGAAGAGGCUUCCUUCUGGGACGACAGCCAUGCAGACCAAUUUGAUGCAGUGUGCAGCGUAUGGUCUGAGCACUGACAGGCUGACCCCCCCACCCCUUCAAUCUCUGCAGCAAUGCUGGAAGCACUCAUACGUCUAUUUCCCAAAGACAACCUCUGGAUAUGACGCUGAGCACGUGCACUCAACUUCUUUGGUUGACCAUGGCGAGGCCUGUUCUGAGUGGAACCUGUCCUGUUAAACCGCUGUAUGGUCUUGGCCACCGUGCUGCAGCUCAGUUUCAGGGUCUUGGCAAUCUUCUUAUAUCUUUAUGUAGAGCAACAAUUCUUUUUUUUCAGAUCCUCAGAGAGUUCUUUGCCAUGAGGUGCCAUGUUGAACUUCCAGUGACCAGUAUGAGGGAGUGUGAGAGCGAUGACACCAAAUUUAACACACCUGCUCCCCAUUCACACCUGAGACCUUGUAACACUAACGAGUCUACAUGACACCGGGGAGGGAAAAUGGCUAAAUGGGCUCAAUUUUGACAUUUUCACUUAGGGGUGUACUCACUUUUGUUGCCAGCUGUUUAGACAUUAAUGGCUGUGUGUUGAGUUAAUUUGAGGGGACAGCAAAUUUACACUGUUAUACAAGCUGUACACUCACUACUUUACAUUGUAGCAAAGUGUCAUUUCUUCAGUGUUGUCACAUGAAAAGAUAUACUCAAAUAUUUACAAAAAUGUGAGGGGUGUACUCACUUUGAGAUACUGUAGGUCCUGGAUGGCAGGAAGCUUGGCCACAGUAAUGUACUGGGCCGUACGCACUACCCUCUGUAGCGCCUUACGGUCAGAUGCCGAGCAGUUGCCAUAACAGGCAGUGAUACAACCGGUCAGGAUGCUCUCGAUGGUGCAGCUGUAUAACUUUUUGAGGAUCUGGGGACCCAUGCCAAAUCUUUUCAGUCUCCUUAGGGGGAAUAGCUUUUGUCGUGCCCUCUUCACGACUGUCUUGGUGUGUUUGGACCAUGAUAGAGCGUUGGUGAUGUGGACACCAAGGAACUUGAAGCUCUCAACCUGCUGCACUACAUCCCCGUCGAUGUUAAUGGGGGCCUGUUUGGCCCGCCUUUUCCUGUAGUCCACGAUCAGCUUCUUUGUCUUGCUCACAUUGAGGGAGAGGUUGUUGUCCUGGCACCACACUGCCAGGUCUCUGACCUCCUCCCUAUAGACUGUCUCAUAGUUGUCGGUGAUCAGUCCUACCACUGUUGUGUCAUCAGCAAACUUAAUGAUGGUGUUGGAGUCGUGUUUGGCCACGCAGUUGUGGGUGAACAGGGAGUACAGGAGGGGACUAAGCACGCACCCCUGAGGGGCCCCAGUGUUGAGGAUCAGCGUGGCAGAUGUGUUAUUGCCUACUCUUACCACCUGGGGGCGGCACGUCAGGAAGUCCUGGAUCCAGUUGCAGAGGGAGGUGUUUAGUCCCAGGGUCCUUAGCUUAGUGAUGAGCUUUGUGGGCACUAUGGUGUUGAACGCUGAGCUGUAGUCAAUGAACAGCAUUCUCACAUACAGUGGGGAGAACACGGCGCUUGUAACGCCAGGGUAGUGGGUUCGAUCCCCGGGACCACCCAUACACAAAAAUGUAUGCACACAUGACUGUAAGUCGCUUUGGAUAAAAGUGUCUGCUAAAUGGCAUAUUAUUAUUAUUAUUAUUAUUAUUAUUAACAAGUAUUUGAUACACUGCCGAUUUUGCAGGUUUUCCUACUUACAAAGCAUGUAGAGCAGGGGUGUCAAACUCAUUUUAGCUCAGGGGCCACAUGGAGGACAAUCUAUUCCCAAGUGGGCCGGACCGGAAAAAUCAUGGUAUAUAUAACUUAAAAACAACAACUUCAGAUUGUUUUCUUUGUUUUAAUACGAUCAACAUACAACAUAAAGCUGGAGCCUGAGGACAGUGUGUCCAAAAUAGUACAAGCACAACAUCACUAUUAAUCAUAAAACACGUCAAGUUUAUUAGAAAAUUCUAAAGAAAAAGAACACACAAACACAAUGCCUCAGUGAUUAACAGAACUGUUUCACAGAUCACAGAACUAUAUCAGGGUGUCAUUUCUCAGGCAGAAAUGUAGAUACAAAUAAUGAAAUCCUGUUCCCCAAACAAGUGCAAGAACCACAGAGUCAAGAAUAGGUUAAAUAUACAAAUAAAAUAAAAUCAAUUAAAAACAAUAGCACAUCAACAUAAAAACAUAUAAACAUAAAGCUGGAGCCUGAGGACAGUGUCCAAAAGCACAACAUCACUAUUAAUCAUAAAACACCUCAAGUUAUUUGAAGGUUCUGAGGACAAAGAACACACAAACACACAAUGCCUCAGUGAUUCACAGAAGUAUAUCACAGAUCACAGAACUAUAUCAGGGUGUCAUUUCUCAGGCAGAAAUGUAGAUAAAAAUAAUGAAAUCCUGUUCCCCAAACAAGUGCAAGAACCACAGAGUCAAGAAUAGGUUAAAUAUACAAAUAAAUAAAAUCAAUUAAAAACAAUAGCACAUCAACAUAAAAACAUAUAAACAUAAAUCUGAAAGCGUUGCUCAAACUCCCGUAACAGUCCCGUUAUUUUAUCUUUGAACCGCUUCAUGUCUGCCACAUGUUGGGUCGCGCACACAUUUUUCAGACAGGGGAAGUGAGCUGCAUCACCACCGACAAGUUGCGUCUCCCACAAUGACAGCUUCAACUUGAAAGAACGUAUGCUGUCAUAAUACUGCGUGACAACUUUGUUGCGCCCUUGCAGCUGUUUGUUCAAGUUAUUCAGGUGCUCUGUAACAUCCACCAUAAAUGCAAGGUCCUGCAUCCAUUCUGCGGAAUGAAAUUCUAACACUGGUUUGCCCUUUUCUUCCAUGAACUGUUCAAUUUCUUCUCGUAAAUCAAAGAAACGCCUCAGCACAGCACCUCGGCUUAACCAUCUUACCUCAGUGUGGUAUGGCAGGCCAUAGAUGUGGUCUUUCUCUCUGAGAAGGCUGUCAAACUGACGGUGAUUCAGGCUUCUGGAUCGGAUGAAAUUAACAGUUUGGAUGACCACCUUCAUGACGUUAUCCAUCUUUAAUGACUUGCAACACAAAGCCUCCUGGUGCAAAAUACAGUGAAAAGUCAAAAAAUCACGUCCUCCAUUUGCAGAUUGCACUUUCUCUCUGAACUUUGUCACAACGCCUGCUUUUUUCCCGAUCAUUGAGGGCGCACCAUCUGUAGCCAGGCUGACAGCGCGGGACCAGUCCACUCCGACCCUGUCCAGCGCGCCGACAAGUGCGGUAAAAAUAUCAGCUGCUGUCGUUGUAUCUGUCAUCGGCACCAACUCCACGAACUCCUCGGUGACGGUCAAUGUGUCAUCAACUCCGCGGAUGAAAAUGGCCAGUUGUGCAACAUCUGUAAUGUCCGUGCUUUCAUCAAUUGCAACCGAAAACAAAAUAAAUGACUUUACUUUUUGCUUCAACUUCAACGAUCGGAAAUCCUGUCUGCAACUGUGUUUCUUGUCAGGCUGAUAUUUGCAAAAGCCUGCCGCUUUUCAGGGCACACAAUCUCCGCUGCCUUCAUCAUGCAUGUUUUUACAAAUUCACCCUCACUAAAUGGUUUUGAAGCCACUGCGAUUUCAUUAGCAAUGAGGUAGCUAGCUUUCACUGCAGCGUCACUGAUGUCUCGGCUGUGAGUAAACACAGACUGCUGUUUCUUCAGACCCGCCAACAGUUCAUUCACCUUCUCUCAUCUCCGCUGUCCUUGAAAGUUGUCAUAUUUGUCGGCAUGAAGACUCACAUAGUGGCGAUGAAGGUUAUAUUCUUUCAGCACUGCAACAUGCUCUGAACACACCAAACAUACAGCUUUCCCAUUCAAUUCCGUGAAUAAAUAGGAUGACCAUUUUUCUUGGAACACUCUCUGCGUCCACUUUUCUCUUUUUUGACAGAGACAUAUUGGGGCAAUGAGGGUGCCAAAGCACAUAAUGUUAAAAGUAGAAGCCGUAAUAAAUAUCACGGGCAAAACAAAGUAGCUCAUUGGCUGCACGUGCUUGACCUACUUGCUCUGCCCCGGUAUAAACAGUUUGCUUGCUUAACACAAUUGCUAUUGCGCCAUCCAGUGGACGCAAUUGGAACAGCAGUUUAUUUUAUUGAAAAAUUGCAGCGCAUUUUUAUACUUUACAAAAAAAAUACAAUAAAAAAAAAGAUAUUUUUUUUCUCGAAAUCAUCUCGCGGGCCGGAUUAAACCCGUUUGCGGGCCUGGACGUUUGACACCCCUGAUGUAGAGGUCUGUAAUUUUUUAUCAUAGGUACACUUCAACUGUGAGAGACGGAAUCUAAAACAAAAAUCCAGAAAAUCACAUUGUAUUAUUUUUAAGUAAUUAAUUUGCAUUUUAUUGCAUGACAUAAGUAUUUGAUACAUCAGAAAAGCAGAACUUAAUAUUUGGUACAGAAACCUUUGUUUGCAAUUACAGAGAUCAUACGUUUCCUGUAGGUCUUGACCAGGUUUGCACACACUGCAGCAGGGAUUUUGGCCCUCUCCUCCAUACAGACCUUCUCCAGAUCCUUCAGGUUUCGGGGCUGUCGCUGGGCAAUACAGACUUUCAGCUCCCUCCAAAGAUUUUCUAUUGGGUUCAGGUCUGGAGACUGGCUAGGCCACUCCAGGACCUUGAGAUGCUUCUUACGGAGCCACUCCUUCGUUGUCCUGGCUGUGUGUUUCGGGUCGUUGUCAUGCUGGAAGACCCAGCCACGACCCAUCUUCAAUGCUCUUACUGAGGGAAGGAGGUUGUUGGCCAAGAUCUCGCAAUACAUGGCCCCAUCCAUCCUCCCCUCAAUACGGUGCAGUCGUCCUGUCCCCUUUGCAGAAAAGCAUCCCCAAAGAAUGAUGUUUUCACCUCCAUGCUUCACGGUUGGGAUGGUGUUCUUGGGGUUGUACUCAUCCUUCUUCUUCCUUCAAACACGGCGAGUGGAGUUUAGACCAAAAAGCUCUAUUUUUGUCUCAUCAGACCACAUGACCUUCUCCCAUUCCUCCUCUGGAUCAUCCAGAUGGUCAUUGGCAAACUUCAGACGGGCCUGGACAUGCGCUGGCUUGAGCAGGGGGACCUUGAGUGCGCUGCAGGAUUUUAAUCCAUGACGGAGUAGUGUGUUACUAAUGGUUUUCUUUGAGACUGUGGUCCCAGCUCUCUUCAGGUCAUUGACCAGGUCCUGCCAUGUAGUUCUGGGCUUAUCCCUCACCUUCCUCAUGAUCAUUGAUGCCCCACGAGGUGAGAUCUUGCAUGGAGCCCCAGACCAAGGGUGAUUGACCGUCAUCUUGAACUUCUUCAAUUUUCUAAUAAUUGCGCCAACAGUUGUUGCCUUCUCACCAAGCUGCUUGCCUAUUGUCCUGUAGCCCAUCCCAGCCUUGUGCAGGUCUACAAUUUCAUCCCUGAUGUCCUUACACAGCUCUCUUUUCUUGGCCAUUGUGGAGAGGUUGGAGUCUGUUUGAUUGAGUGUGUGGACAGGUGUCUUUUAUACAGGUAACGAGUUCAAACAGGUGCAGUUAAUACAUGUAAUGUGUGGAGAACAGGAGGGCUUCUUAAAAAAAACUAACAGGUCUGUGAGAGCCGGAAUUCUUACUGGUUGGUAGGUGAUCAAAUACUUAUGUCAUGCAAUAAAAUGCAAAUUAAUUACUUAAAAAUCAUACAAUGUGAUUUUCUGGAUUUUUGUUUUAGAUUCCGUCUCUCACAUUUGAAGUGUACCUAUGAUAAAAAUGACAGACCUCUACAUGCUUUGUAAGUAGGAAAACCUAUAAAAUUGGCAGUGUAUCAAAUACUUGUUCUCCCCACUGUAGGUGUUCCUUUUGUCCAGGUGGGAAAGGGCAGUGUGGAGUGCGAUUGAGAUUGCGUCAUCUGUGGAUCUGUUGGGGCGGUAUGCGAAUUGGAGUGGGUCUAGAGUUUCCGGGAUGAUGGUGUUGAUGUGAGCCAUGACCAGCCUUUCAAAGCACUUCAUGGCUACUGACAUGAGUGCUACAGGGCAGUAAUCAUUUAGGUAGGUUACCUUCGCCAGACUCGGUCAGGGAGAGGUUGAAAAUGUCAGUGAAGACACUUGCUAGUUGGUCUGUGCAUGCUUUGAGUACACGUCCUGGUAAUCCGUCUAGCCCCGCGGCUUUGUGAAUGUUGACCUGUUUAAAGGUCAUGUUCACAUCGGCUACCGAGAGCAUGAUCACACAGUCGUCCGGAACAGCUGGUGCUCUCAUGCAUAAUUCAGUGUUGCUUGCCUCGAAGCGAGCAUAAAAGGCAUUAAGCUCGUCUGGUAGGCUCGUGUCAGUGGGCAGCUUGCGGCUGGGUUUCCCUUUGUAGUCCGUAAUAGUUUGCAAGCCCUGCCACAUCCGACGAGCGUCAGAGCCGGUGUAGUAGGAUUCAAUCUUAGUCCUGUAUUGACGCUUUUCCUGUUUGAUGGUUCGUCUGAGGGCGUAGCGGGAUUUCUUAUAUGCGUCCGGAUUAGUGUCCUGCUCCUUGAAAGCGGUAGCUCUAGCCUUUAGCUCGGUGCGGAUGUUGCCUAUAAUCCAUGGCUUCUGGUUGGGAUAUGUACGUACGGUCACUGUCGGGACGACGUCGUCGAUGCACUUAUUGAUGAAGCCGGUGACUGAGGUGGUAUACUCCUCUAUGCCAUUAGAACAUAUUCCAGUCUGUGCUAGCAAAACAGUCCUGUAGCGUAGCAUCCGCGUCAUCUGAUGAUUUCCGUAUUGAGCGAGUCACUGGUACUUCCUGCUUUAGUUUUUGCUUGUAAGCAGGAAUCAGGAGGAUAGAAUUAUGGUCAGAUUUGCCAAAUGGAGAGUGAGGGAGAGCUUUGAAUGCGUCUCUGUGUGUGGAGUAAAGGUGGUCUAGAGUUUUUUUUUUCCUCUGGUUGCACAUGUGACAUGCUGGUGGAAAUUAGGUAAAACGGAUUUAAGUUUCCCUGCAUUAAAGUCCCCGUCCACUAGGAGCGCCACUUGUGGAUGAGAAUUUUCUUGUUUGCUUAUGGCCUUAUCCAGCUCGUUGAGUGUGGUCUUAGUACCAGCAUCGGUUUGUGGUGGUAAAUAGACGGCUACGAAUAAUAUAGAUGAGAACUCUAGAUAGUGUAGUCUACAGCUUAUCAUGAGGUACUCUACCUCAGGCGAGCAAUACCUCGAGACUUCUUUAACAUUAAACAUUGUGCACCAGCUGUUAUUUACAAAUAGACACACAACCCUGCCCCUCGUCUUACCAGACGUAGCUUCUCUGUCCUGCCGAUGCGCAGAAAACCCAGCCAGCUCUAUAUUAUCUGUGUCGUCGUUCAGCCGCGACUCGGUGAAACAUAAGAUAUUACAGUAGGAUAGUCUUAAUCGUAGAUCAUCCAUUUUAUUUUCCAAUGAUUGCAUGUUGGCCAAUAGUACGGAUGGUAGUGGAGGUUUACUCACUCGCCUACGAAUUGGGGUGUACAGGUUAGGGACUAUUCUAUUGAUUGAUUAAGCCAGGCAUGCUCAAUCAAGCACAGAUAAAGUAUUUGACAUGAUUUCAAAUAGUGUUUGAACCCAGUAUGUGUUGGUCACUUGAGAUUGAUUUCGUUGAUCUUAUUUAUUGCUCUUCCUCCCGCAGAAUGAAUACAUGAAGGACAAUUUUCUGAUUAAAAUUGAGACAUGGCACAAGCCCGACAUGGGGGAUCAGGCCAAUGUGAGUGAGCAGCUAAGUAAUGAGUCUGAAUGUAUACCAUUUCAACCAUGGACCACCAGCACAUCAAAUUCAGUUAGCAGAUUUCUUAUUUUACUGUAUCUAUCAGACUCCAAUCAGUCACUUCCAUUGACGUCAUUUGAGUGUCCGUCCACUGACUUUAUGAAAAGAUAUGGAAACCCUUCUCAUGUGUGCAUUUUUUGUCCUCAGACCUGCUUUGUUGGGUAUGACACUGAAUCAACAUUUACACAUAAUGUAUCAAGUGCUAUGUUAUUAGGGUUGGGAUCAAUUCAAAUUCAAUUUCCCUCGAAAUUGGAUUUAGAAUUGCAAUUUUAGUUUAUUUCCUGAAUUGAGUGGAUUCAAAUGUAAUUGGCCCCAACCCUGCAUGUUAUACUUGGUCUAUGUAGUGACUACUAGUGAGGCAUUCUUAGCUCUUGAAGUGGGUAACUUACUAUAAAUUAUUCCCUGCAUAGGUACAUGGACUAGACCCAGAGCAAUGGAAGAAGACUGAAGUAGUCUACAUUGACAUCGCUGACAAAACCCAAGUGGAUGCCAAGGUGAGAGCAGUGAUUGAUCAGUGUGAAUGUACUUACAACUUAUUAUUAGUAAUAAGCAUGCUUUAAACUCCUACUGUUCUAAACCUAGACACAGCAGGGUCGUAUUCUUAAGGCACCAAAUGGAAGAAAAUGGACUGAAACAGGGAGGGACUACCUGAACUUGUCCAAUAGAAAUUCCCUUACCGAGAAAGCAGGCUUCUGGCAAACAGUUGUGGCAUAUCUUUGGCCAAUUUGCUGCAAAUUUGCAGCCAGCUCAUAUUUUCAAUUCAAAUUAGUUUUGUGGCAAACUGUUGCGACAAAUUUGCAGCGACGUGUGAACUUCUGGAAAACAAUUCUGGGAAACUUGUGGCAAACAUUCUACUGUUUGCUGCAAAUUUGCUUCAAACUGAUUAUGAAUAUGCAAAUUAGAUCAGGUUUUUGGUUACUUUGUGUAUUAACAACAUUGAAAUGUAUCUAAAUAAACCAAACCAAAUCACAUAUACAUUUAAAUGAAUUUGCUUCUCACAGAGAACUAAAUAUACUAGUUGUACUACAGUGCCUUCAGAAAGUAUUCACACCCCUUGACUUUUUCCACAUUUUGUUAUUACAAAGUGGGAUUAAAAUUGAUUUAAUUGUCAUUGUCUUUGUCAACGAUCUACACAAAAGGUCUAGCAUUUGUAAAAAAAAAAAAUCAUUACAAAUAAAACCCUAAUACUGUAUAUCUUGAUUAGAUAAGUAUUCAAACCUCUGAGUCAAUACAUGUUAGAAUCACCUUUGGCUGUGAGUUGUUCUGGGUAAGCUAGCCAGUCAAUGGUGCUGACAGAUUUAAACUGAUCUAACUAGCUAGCAACAAAAUGUGUUUCACACUAUCCCAUAAAACAUGACAUUGCUUACCAGGCAUCAAUUAGCUUAGACAAUUUUCAAGUUUAUUAUGAAGUUUAAUAAGUUAAGACACUCACCGGACAACUUCGGUAGGUAGCUAGCUAGCUAGAUAGCUUGGUUUCCAUUUACCAACAGAUUUUUCUUCACCCUCUGACUGGUCGACAUGAACGGUUACUGGUCUUGGAACUCAAUGUGUUUACCAGAAACGGCUUCUGUCUGGUAAACUGUUUGCCACUAGAGGCAAUAAAUAUUAUUGUUGCCAAAGGUUUCCCGCUGAUUCAGCACUAGUAGCAAACAUUUACAAACUUCUGGCAACAUUUUGUGGGAAGUUUGCCCCAACAAAUUCUUUUUUGUAAGGGUUAACACUUGUUUUCAUUUUCAUUUGCAAAAUGUUCUACUACAUUUUGCUACGGUGUGCCCUAAUGAGUAAGACCCAGUUACCUGAACAGAAUUAAAUGGAACACUUAUCUUUGCAUUCUACUCAUCUGCUCACUCUGCUUCACACAGGACUAUAAGCCAGAAGAAGAUCCUGCCAUAUUCAAGUCAGAGAAGACCGGCAGGGGCCCCCUGGGGCCUAACUGGAAGGUAAAACAAAACCAAUAUUCCUCCAUUGUUGUCAUAUUUUUCACAUCAGCAAAUUUCACACGUACAGUUGAAGUCGGAAGUUUACAUACACUUAGGUUGGAGUCAUUAAAACUCAUUUUCAACCACUCCACAAAUUUCUUGUUAACAAACUAUAGUUUUGGCAAGAUGGUUAGGACAUCUACUUUGUGCAUGACACAAGUAAUUUUUCCAACAAUUGUUUAGACAGAUUAUUUCAGUGGGUCAGAAGUUUAAACAGCUUGGAAAAUUCCAGAAAAGGAUGUCAUGGCUUUAGAAGUUUCUGAUAGGCUAAUUGACAUCAUUUGAUUCAAUUGGAGGUGUACCUGUGGAUGUAUUUCAAGGCCUACCUUCAAACUCUCAGUGCCUCUUUGCUUGAUAUCAUGGGAAAAUCCAAAGAAAUCAGCCAAGACCUCAGAAAAAAAAUGGUAGACCUCCACAAGUCUGGUUCAUCCUUGGGAGCAAUUUCCAAACGCCUGAAGGUACCACGUUCAUCUGUACAAACAAUAGUACGCAAGUAUAAACACCAUGGGACCACGCAGCCGUCACACCGCUCAUGAAGGAGACGCGUUCUGUCUCCUAGAGAUGAACGUACUUUGGUGCGAAAAGGGCAAAUCAAUCCCAGAACAACAGCAAAGGACCUUGUGAAGAUGCUGGAGGAAACCGGUACAAAAUUAUCUAUAUCCACUGUAAAACGAGUCCUAUAUCAUAACCUGAAAGGCCGCUCAGCAAGGAAGAAGGCACUGCUCCAAAACCCGCCAUAAAAAAGCUAGACUACGGUUUGCAACUGCACAUGGGGACAAAGAUUGUACUUUUUGGAGAAAUGUCCUCUGGUCUGAUGAAACAAAAAUAGAACUGUUUGGCCAUAAUGACCAUCGUUAUGUUUGGAGGAAAAUGAGGGUUGCUUGCAAGCCGAAGAACACCAUCCCAACUGUGAAGCACGGGGGUGGCAGCAUCAUGCUGUGGGGGGGCUUUGCUGCAGGAGGGACUGGUGCACUUCACAAAAUAGAUGGCAUCAUGAGGAAGGAAACUGAUGUGGAUAUUUUGAAGCAACAUCUCAAGACAUCAGUCAGGAAGUUAAAGCUUGUUCGCAAAUGGGUCUUCCAAAUGGACAAUGACCCUAAGCAUACUUCCAAAGUUGUGGCAAAAUGGCUUAAGGACAAGUGUAUGUAAUAACUUUGUCUUUACCUCUGCAGAAAGAGCUUCCCAGCAACACAAACUCUCCUCACAUGUGUGCCUAUAAGUUAGUCACAGUCAAUUUCAAAUGGUGGGGAGUCCAGAACAAAAUUGAGAACUUCAUCCAGAAGGUACAGUAAGAGACUUGUCAAUUAUUCCAGUAUUUGCAUAAUAUUCUGUUAAGGUGCCUACAUGUCUGCGUGCCCAGCCCAUAUUUUACUCCAGUUCAAAUAUAAUGCCAGUACAGAGGCAAAGUCCAGUAUUUUCAUAUCGCCCACUGUAAAUGCAAAAAAUAACUCUGCCCUGAAACCGUGAAGAAGAAACUAGUAGACAGAGUUGGCUGAGAAAUAAGAUAUCCAAAGCUGUGCAGUCUCUCUGGGUGUGACUGAAGACUAGUUUACAGUAGACUAAAAAGUGUUUUCUGUCCUCUAGUGGACAGAUAGUGAUUUGCCAUAGAAAUGUUACUCCAAGUUGCACAUAAUAAAUGCUGAUAUUACUAAUAUUUUUUUCUAUGUAAUUGUUUUGUCUAAUUUCUUCCCGUCUUUGAUUUCCAGCAAGAGAAGCGAUUGUUUACAAAGUUCCAUAGACAACUGUUCUGUUUGAUUGAUAAAUGGAUCGGACUGACAAUGGAGGACAUUCGACGUAUCGAAGAGGAGACCCAAAAAGAGCUGGAUGAGGUAAUGUACUGUACAUUUGUUUGGUCUUUGGCAUCAAUUAACUCCGAAUGAGAUGUACUACUGUCUUAUCCGUUUUGUCAUUAGGCUACGGAAAUUUGCUAAAUGCUUUAUCCUACUUAUUGAUGUGUCUGUGUCUUUCUUUCAGAUGAGGGAGAAGGAUCCAGUCAAAGGGAGUUCUGCUUCAGAGGACUGAGGCUGUGCAGCUGUGACCGUUAGUACCGCUCCGUGAGUACCGCUCUGUCUGCGCGUUAGUGGGAAUUAUGAGACUGAGUUCAAGCAAUACUUCCUCUUAUUGUGCACAAGGAACCAAGAUUUGUCUUGUCUAUCUUGCAGAUUUGCAUUUGAUAGAAGACUAUAAUCAACUCUGUCACAGACAUCUUUCUCUCCUUCCACUUUUUCAGAUCUGUUACUGAGACACCAGCAUCUCUGCCCAGUCCCAGUCCUUGGGAAUUAUAUGGCUGUAUGCAGACCCCUAUAUUGUCCCGGCAAGCCAUGGAGAGGCCCCAGCAGCCAAGAGGUCCACAGCAACCUCACCUCUGGUGGCCAUCACAUUCCUAACUAAUUAUGUCACUUGUCACGUUUUUUUUAAAUGGAAAUUUUGUUUUGGAGUUGUAAUGAUAGUAUUUUCUAUUGUCUUUAAUUCCUCAUGUGUUUUGUGGACAAAGCUGAAUUUGUUGGUUACUCCUCCUGUCUUUCAAAAUACUAUAAUGUCUCUGUAUUUCCCUCUUGGUUACAGUACAUUUUUCUUGCCCGGGGCCAACCUGAAUCAGCAGGCUGAAAUCCAGUUGUAGUGUUAUGGCUUAGGGAUUUUUGGGGUAAGAAAUAUGAAACAAUGUACCUGGUCUCUCUUUGAAUAGAGAUCUGAGUAAAACAUGUUAUCCUGUACUGUAUUUUUCAGUAUUUAUUCACAGGUUAAUUUUCUCUGGAUUGCAUAACACUUUUGUGAUUUAAUGGUUUGAGCAACAUUUUGUUGUUCUGUACGACCUAUAUUAUUCAAUAUUAAAAAUAAUAUAUUUAUA